UUAUGAUGUAUCUCCGGUGCCUGCCUGCCGGUCUAAGUAAUCCACAAUCGCCCCAAGAACUGAGUAAUCGUUCUUGAGAGCCAUGAAAAACAAAAAAAUGUGGCAUGUUUUCUUUUUUUUCUGAACAUUUGAAUGGAAGCCAGUCUAAGCCGAGCCAGACUAGUUCCUUUUUCUCCUAUAAUAUAAACAAGACUGAGGGACGCCUGCAGGCGAGUUCUCAUUGAAUGAGAGAGAAUGCUCUUUUAGCUCAGUGGCUAAAAACGAAAACUUGCUUCUAGCUGUUUGUGCAGGAACUUCUUUUAAUUUUGAAAAGUGUGAGAGAGCUUUAUGUAAACAGUGCUGUGAAAAAGUAUUUGCCCCUCCCCAAUUUCUUCUAUUUUUGCAUAUUUGUCACACUUGCAAGUUUCAGACCAUCAAAUUACUCUUAAUAUUAGACAAAGAUACCCAAGUACCCUUUUAUUUUUAAGCCUGCUGUUCUUCAGGGAUGUCCUCAGAUGCUCACAAGCACACAGUGGCCUGUGAGUGGUUGGGUAAAGUCAUUACCAUGCGGCCGCUCACUCUUUAAGGUGUUCCUCCAGGCCAGGUCAAACGGAGAGAGCCCUGAACGUCUCGCAAGAUGGUGGCUUGGUGACCUCUUAUACAUCAGUGCCCCCCAUGUGGCCAAUCAUGUACCUGCACAUAAAGGGACACACAACAGGGAAAACACACAGAAUGACAGCACAAUGCACACAAAAGAGCAACGCGCGUCGCCAGGCAACCGCUCUGCUUGCACUUGCCAUCUGCAGGCAGCGCCAUGGAGGAAAAGCCGGACAUCGGAGCUUUGAGUCCUGAACAAGAAGAAAAACUGCGCCAGUUCAAGAUCAAGACAAGAAUGGCGAACGAAAUGUAUCUGAGAGCUCAUCCAGAGGUGGAAAUGCUGAUGAGCGAUUUUCUAAGAGAUGUGUUUCUUAAAAGACCUACAGAUAUCCGUGAAUUUGCUGCAGAUUACUUCAGUGACCCAGACCUGCCAGCAAAAAUUGGGGUCCAAGUGGAGGAGAACGCUGGGGUGAAAAUCUGAGGACUUCUUUAAGACUCUUUAAACAGCAGAUUAUGUGCUCUGUUGCCAUUUGUCUGUAACUAGCUGAACAGCAUUCGUCUAAUUAGCAAUACCAACAUUAUGUAAUUGGCUUCAUUAAGAGUGGAGUCAGCAGGGGACACGACGCCGCUUAACUUGUUUGUUCAUUGAUUCUAUGGGGAUGAAGGAUGAACUGCACUGAACGGAACAAAAUGUCUCAUUAAGAGUACAGUGUUAUUAUUAGUCAUGUCUGGUUGCUUGACCUCUUCAUGCAGGCGAGUUCAUCCAAUUUUUCCACAUUUCUGCAUAAUUAAAUGGUUAAUUUGUAAACAAAUUUAGGUGGUUUCAUGCAAAAUGCUCCAUUCUAGAGAAACUUAAUGAGGUACAGAAUUGUUCGUAGUGUUGGUGAUGGGAACCAGACGUCUGCAGAGUUUAAUGCCUCUAAAAGCUCCCUCACAGAAAGUUAGUACAUGAAAUGAUUAUGAAUGAUGUCUGAGACACUGUUUUACAACAGUCUUUAGAAGGUUUUUGACCCCUGGUUUCCUUCACCACCACUGUAAAGAAAUCUGAGUCGGUAAGUUUCUCUACAAUUAACCAUUUCACACCAAACCACUCUGAAUGACUUUGUUUGCAUCUCAACCACUAAAUUAUGUAGAAAUUUUGAAAGAAUUUGAGCAGAACAGAGCAAAGGGCAUAUAUGUUGUAAACAUAUUGUUUAAAAAUGUUGCUAUUAGAUUCAUAAAGGCAGAAAUGCAUUGACGUUUUGUACAAAUACGUCAGUGAAAAGAUAAAUUGUACCUGUUGAUUUCUCCCAUCGGCUGUAAUGUAUUUUUGCUCUGAUUAAAUAUUAAAUUUUGAUUGACAACAAUGUUCAUUUGUCAUCUCUCAAACAAAUUUACAUGGCAUAAAGUUGUAAUAAACUUUAUGUGAUUAUUAAGAGGUCCGGCAGAU